AAUUAGUGAAUGAAGAUGCAAUAUUUUUGUCCAAAAUCUUCUGCUGCUGCUUUGGCAGUUACAACACCAGCAAUGAAGGUGGCUCUAUCCCAAUUACAAAGGAAAUCAUGCAAGAAUAGAGUGAGUGCAAUUAUUAAUAGAGAUGCUAGAGACUAUUUGCGAUGCUUUGAGGAGGAGGACCAGAGGUCUCCUGUACAUUCUCAGACAAAUAGAAGAGACAUUUGCAAUUAGUAGGAGGAGGACAGACAGAAGAAGGGGAAGCUAGCCUUAUCUGGAGAGCUGGGUAGUCAAUGUGAGAGAAAAUCUGAUAGAGAGAAUAUGCCUGACCUGCAGAAGAAUGGUCAGGUAUACCAACCAAAAAAGCAUAGCUUGAAAAGAUUAAUGAAAUCUGAGGAUGAGCAGUGUGGACUAAAGAAGCAACAGAUCUCCUAUGGAAAACAAGGACAGAAGAAAAGUGUUGAGGAGAUAGGUAAUUAAAAUGACAUUACUCGGAGAGAUGAUUAAAAUGUUGUAAGUGUGGAGAUAAUAAAGUCUAUAUAGAGAUUUGUACUUUGAGACGUACAGCCCCCUAUCCCUCCCACACAAGCCAUUAAAAUUUCAACAAAACUUUUAUGGAUAUUCACCGAAUUGUGAAUUUAGGAAACUCUACGUGAAUUAAAAGUGCAAUUUUAGGUAAAAAAAAAAGCCAAAUUAGAAAAAAAUAAUACUUUUUUUAAAUCUCCACAGGUCUGUUAAUUAAUUAAUUAAAUCUCCACAGGUCUGUUAAUUAAUUAAGCCACUGCAAAUUAACCCAUUUUACAAUGUAUGUGACCAUAUCUGAAAUAUUUACCCAUACUUGGUGGGAUUAUCAAAUUUCAAAAUAUGGGGAAGCUUUUUAAAAAAACAUUUCCAAGAGAAUCAUGCAGAACAUACAAGGUUUAUUGCCUUUAAAAGAACACUCCAAGCACUGUAUUUAUGUAAGAGAGUGGAAUAGUAAUGUUCAUAUGACUCUUCCAUAGGACCAAAUGAAAUGAAACAAUGCCUAGUGUUAUUUUGUUAAUUGGAAGCUAAUAUCAUUUGUGUUAAAUAAUCAGGGAGGAAGUGGACAAUCCAAAGAAUCGAAGAAGCACCCUACUCUGUUGCUGGAUGGUUACCAAUUCCACAGCACACUGGGGAAAGGCAACUUUGAUAAGUAAUCUAUUUAAAACUGAACAGCAGCAGUCGGUGCCUCUUAGAACGCCACACCAGCUGGGGAAUGUUGCACAAGAGGUUUGGAGCCGCGAUCCGCUGCAACCCAGCUAAGUAAUUUUUUAUUAUUUUCUACAGUGUGAGAGCCGGGAGCUGUGACACAAAUCACUCUCCUUCCGUGGUUGACCAAAGGGGGUGGGUGAAGGAGAGGGGAACUGCUCUAUAUUCGCUACCUUACAGGUGUGGUGUUGUGUCAUAGAAAGUUAUGGCCUCUCGGCUUAUUAUCCCCAAUUAUUCCUCUGACAUAUAACAAAGACUUCCUGCCAGGCCUAAACCCUAACUCUUAUAGGGAGGUCAUUGAUGACCCAUUGCCCAGACUUCACCAUCUGCACUCCACAAUGGGAAUAAGGACAUUAUAUGGCUCAGACAUCACCUUCAUACAGCGCUUUAAGUAUAAGCAAUUACAGAGCUUUGUUAAGACAAGGACAAGCACUGACUCGAGACCUCACAUUAUUUGAGCGCACUUGCCUAGACCCGGACCCAAUACCACACAGGGUUUCUCUUUUGUGUUUCAUGUUGCAAACACAAACUCCGACUGAAAAAACUAAACUUAUGGGUAAAUGGGAGACCAUUUACUUUGUACUUUUAGUGAUAAAGAAUGGGAGAAAAUGUGUUGCCUCACUCAUCACUGUUCAGUUUUUAGCAAAACUGUUUUAAAGCAAAAAUGUUUUAAGCAAAGUGUAUUGAAAUGUUCUGUAUUGAAGUGUUUUGUCUUUUCAUUUUCCAUUAUUUGUUUUUCAUCGGAUUCAUCUUAGGGGAGAUAAUCUGUGGAAUCCAAUAUCUAUAUUCCCAUGGCAUUAUACAUCGGUCAGUAUUAGCUUCUGAUUAUUUAGAAAAAUUUAAUUCAUGCUCAUUAGAAAUAUCACAUUUAAAUCUGUUUUCUCCAUUAUCUCGCGUAUUCUUUCGCUUCAUUAUGUAGUGAUCUGAAGCCAGAGAAUAUUCUCCUGACUAGAGAAGGCCAUGUGAAAAUAGCUGACUUUGGCCUUGCAGCAGAGAACAUCCUGGGUGAUAAAAAGAUCAGGGAGCGAGUUGGAACACCUGUAAAUAUGGCACCAGAGGUUGGUAACAGGGAACUGUUUUAGGACCAGUAGGGGGACUGUUAGAGGGAGCGGUUAGGUACAGUAUUAGGAGGUGUAAAGGAAGUGGUCAUAAAAACAGUAAUAGCAGGAAUUAUAAGGAUUGAUUGUGAAAACAGGAGGGAACAAACUAUGGGAUUCUCAUAGUUGCAGUAUUGCUUUCAAAAUUGAUUAUGGAAGCCACAGGGGCAAUAGGCUGUUACAGAAAUAAUAGCAUGAGAUGUUAAAGGGAUUAUUAUAUCAAUAGUGGUAGUAGUGGGAAGCGUUAGAGGGAGCUGUGAGAGGAACUAAAUCUGUACGUCCGUUUUGAAUAUAAUAUUGGAGCUUAUGUGUAAAAACUGUAGGACAGACUAAGAUGGACUUAGUAUAAAGCCCCUGAUGAUAAUACGUCUAAUUGGAAAUCUAUUGUACAGCAGUAUGGAAUUUGUUGGCGCUUUAUGGAUAAUAAUAAUUAGAAAUCUGAUGAGCAUUUACUCUUAAAUGUAGUAUUUAUCAAAUUUCUUACCCUGUGUCUUUUUGCCAGGUACUCAUGAACAAUGAAUAUGGCGUGCAUAUGGGAAAUUCCCUUUUAAUGACAAGGUCAAGCUAUUAA